AUGCGCGACCCGCUGGUGUGCCAGCUGGACGCCCACCGGACCAUGGCCCCGGCGCCGCCCGGGGCCCUCUUCCAACCGGACGACACCCCGGCCUGGACGCAGGAGCACCUGGCCGAGGUGUCGGCCCGUCUGAGCGCCAGUCGCCGGGGGACGCGCGCGCACCGGCCCGGCGCCCCGGUCCGGGGGCUGGAAUUCUCGGCCGACGGCCGGCGCCUGGCAUCGGUCGGCGGCGGGGGCGACCUCCUGCUGUGGGACCUGCAGCCCGGGGGCCAGGGCGGGCUUGGGCUCCAGCCGCUGGGCACCCCGCGCCAGGUGGCCGCCGCCUUGCGCGAGCGCGCAUGGACCCCCUCGGCACAUGCCAUCAACACGCUGCUGGCUUUCCCGCCGGCCGGCGACGAGACGUCCACCGGCCCCGGCGGCGGGUCCGGCACGAUGCCCAGCCGGUCGGCCGUGCUGGCGGCCGUCGGGCUCGGCCGGGCGCGCGCCCAAGCGCCCCGGCACCCGGCGGCCCGUGCACCCGCAGCGCCGGAUGCCCGGCCGCGGCGACGGUCUCGCCGGGCGGCGCCCCCCCCCGGGCCCCGGGGCUCGGAUGUCCCGGCGGCCGCCGUUGCCCAGCCAGCCGGCCGCCGCGCCACGCCAUACUACGCCUUUGCCUCGGCGCCGCUGGCCAUCAUCGACCACCUGGAGGUUCCGCUGGUUGUGGCCCCCUCGGGCGACUCGAUCGCCAUCUUCAACAUGCUCACCGGGGAGAAGGUCCGCGAUCUUGUCGGGCACUUUGGCCAGGUCACCUCGGUGCGAGUGCGUUCCCCCCGGGCGGGCGGCUUGGUGGAGCUGGUCUCCGCCGGCGGCGGGGGGCGCAUUCUCCGCUGGGUGCCGGCCGUCGGCUGUCGGGCCAGCAACUUCGCCACGGCCGAGUUCUCCAGCCCGGCGUCGCUGGCAUCCCGCCCGCACCUGGCCCUGCCAUUCACCCCGCCCGAGGAGAUGGCCAUGCCGGCGGAGGCUGCCCUCCCGGGGGGCCCGGCCCCGGCCCUGGGGCCCGGCUUGGCAGCGGGCGCGUCCCCCGCGCAGGCGCCCCACCCGACCAAGCCCCCGGCCUCUGGCGGCAUGCCCCGGCCCUUGCUGCCGGCGGAGGCAUCCCACGCCGAGGCGCUGGCCGCCGCCGGCCUCCACAGCGUCGACAUCGACCAAUGGAGCUCCUCCGACGAGGACUAA